GAACGAAAAUGUCGCCGCCGCGUGUAGUUCUCACUGCUCUCGCCGUCGUUACCCUGGCCACCCUCCUCUUCUCCUCCCCCGCCUCCGCCGCCGCUGCUCGCCGGCGGCCCCGCCCCUUCAAGAAGAUCUUCGCCUUCGGGGACUCCUUCACCGACACCGGCAACACCCGCUCCGACACCGGCCCCAGCGGCUACGGCCACGUCUCCAGCCCCCCCUACGGCGUCACCUUCUUCCACCGCCCCACCAACCGCUACUCCGACGGCCGCCUCGUCAUCGACUUCGUGGCCCAGUCCCUCUCCCUCCCUUUCCUUCCCCCCUACCGCAGCCUCGCCUCCUCCCCCUCCGCCGCCGCCCACGGCGUCAACUUCGCCGUCGCGGGCUCCACGGCCAUCGACCACGAGUUCUUCGUGAAGAACAACCUGAACCUGGACACGACGCCGCAGUCGCUCCUGACGCAGCUCCUCUGGUUCAGCAAGUACCUGGAGAGCCACGAGGGGUGCAGGGGAAAGGCGUGCCGGGGCGCGCUGCGGGACGCGCUGGUGUGGGUGGGGGAGAUCGGCGUCAACGACUACGCCUACACCCUCGGGUCCAACGUCUCCGGCGACACCAUCCAGAAGCUCGCCAUCGGCACCACCACCGCUUUUCUCGAAGCGCUUCUGAGGCGGGGGGCGAGGUACAUGGUGGUCCAAGGCCUACCGCUGUCGGGUUGCUUGCCGCUGGCCUUGUUUUUGGACCCCCUGGGCGAGAAAGACGACUUAGGCUGCGUGAAGAGCGCGAACGACCAAACCCGUGCGCAUAAUGCCGCGCUCCUGGCCACGAUUUCCAACCUUAGGAAGCAGUUCCCUGAUGCGGUGAUCGUCUACGCCGAUUACUGGUACGCACACCACACUGUCAUGAAGUCCGCGGCCAAGCACGGCUUCAAGGAGUCCUUCAGGGCAUGCUGCGGUACCGGGGAGCCCUAUCACUUCACUCCGUUCGCGACGUGCGGCACGGCGUUCGCCGACGUGUGCCCUCGUCCCUCGGAGUACAUCAACUGGGACGGAGUCCAUCUCACGGAAGCCACGUACCGGGUGAUCGCCGACAUGUUUCUGAAUGGGAGGUAUACUCACCCUCCCUUCAGAUACAUGCUCAGCAAGAAACUGCGCAGCGGAUGACCUGCUCCUAGCUGUAGCUAAAAAUGGGGAUGCGAGUUGUGUUGGGACGCCGUCGAUCUCUGAUCGGCAAUAAUAAAUAUAGGCUUCUUCUAGCCGGAGCCAUAUACAGGACCUGUACUACAGGCCGAAGUAGAACCUUGUGUUGAUGCAGAUCACAUGAUGCUAAUACUAUGUAUGGAGUUUCAGUAUUUCAACCGUUGGGAUGCUAAUACUAUGCUCAGCAAUUCUCCAAAAACGUGAAACUGCAACAAUAAAUGGGUUAAAUAACACUUCAGGUCAGGGCUCCGUAUGUUUUGAGAAGUUCGCUUUCGGUCCCUAUAUAAUUAGAUUUGUCACAAUUCUAUU